AUGGAGAGUUUACCUGGUAUUAAUGAUGCUUCAAGUAAUCAAGAAGUUGUUAAUGGUGACGAUGAAAUCCAUGAUCUGUCUUUAAAAAAGGGUGACGAAUGGAAAAUUGGCGUUAGUUCAGAUAAUAAGCUGAUUGUAAAAAUUAUACAUGGGAUUGCUGAGAUUUUUGGUACUGAAUUGGCUAAUAAUAAAGACUAUGUGUUCCAGAAUUUUAAAUUCUCCAUUUUCGCUGUUGAAGAUGUUGAAUUGCAAUGGAGAUGCAUGGAAUUGGUCGGAACUAAUUUAAGUGUUCAGGAAAACAUCACAGCCAAGUACAUUUAUAAUUUACAUUUUGCAUUGGAAAAAUUAAGAGCCGCUAGUUUUGAUGGACCAAAAAUUAUGAUCGUAGGUAAUUCAAAUACAGGUAAAACAUCCUUAACAAGGACACUAUGCUCGUAUGCUAUCAAAUAUAAAACGUACCAACCAUUGUUUGUAAACUUGAAUCCUGCAGAAGGUAUAUUUACUGUUCCAGGUGCGAUUAGUGCUACUCCAGUAUCUGAUAUAUUGGACCCACAAUCUUCAAGGUGGGGUCAAAGUAUGACCAGUGGUGCUACUGAAUUGCAUAGCAAACAGCCUCUGGUGAAAAACUUUGGUUUGGAAUAUAUUAGAGAAAAUAGAGAGCUGUAUAAAGUUGUAAUAUCACAAUUGGCUGAAGUAGCGAUGAACAGAAUGCAAAAUGAUGCAUUGGUCCAUAGAUCUGGGUGUAUAAUCAAUACACCACCUUUAGAAGAUUUGGAUGAUGAUUUGUCAGAGCUGUUGGUUUCUUUCAACCAAUUCAAAGUCAACUACAUAAUAUACUUAGGUGAAGAGACAGAUGAAAACUUUAGCAAAAUUAAGAAAAUGUUUCCUGAAUCGUUCUUAGCAAAUAUUUUAAGAAUUCCUAAACUGAGUGGUAUAAUACCGACUGACGACAUAUAUAAAAGAUCUUUGCAAAGAUCUUCAAUCAGAGAAUAUUUCUACGGUACUUACAAUUCAGUUUUAAGCCCUUAUACAAUUGGUGUUGAUUUUGAUGAUUUAACUGUAUGGAAACCUAAAAAUAUGAUAGAAGAUCAGGAAAAUAUGGAGCAAUCCUCGCCGUCAAAGUAUACUAGUGUAGAAAUAAACGCAAGUAAUUUACAACAUUCAUUAGUCUCAUUAACAUAUGCAGAUCGUAAAGAAAAUGAAUCUGCUGUGCAGAAAGCUGCUAUAUUAGGAUAUGGAUUAGUAACAGAAGUAAAUGAAAAAAGGCAUAAACUGCGUAUCUUAUUACCGGUCCCAGGUGCGUUGCCAAAUAAAGCAAUGGUAUUGACCUCUUAUAGAUAUUUAGAGUAG